AUGACUAGUUCAAAUUAUUUUAAAAAUGAGACUAAAAUCAAUAAAAAGUCAUUCAACUCAACUAAAUAUGAUUAUGAUAGUGAUGUAAUUGAAAUAAUAAAUUUAAAUGAUAAUGAAUCUAACCACAUUACCAUAAAUGAUUCAGGCUCUCUUGAAAAAAGUGUUGGAGGAAAUUUAACUUACAAUAUAUUACAAGAAACAAGCGAUGACAUUGAAAUUAUAGAAGAUAUAAACAACUAUAAUAAUGAAAAAUUAAAAUUAGAAAAGAUAAAAGAAUUUGAAUUAUCAAAAAAAAAAGCAGAAUUUAUAAGAGAUAAAGGUGUUUUUUUUGAGUAUUAUUUAGGAUGCAUAGAAGCUGAAUCAAUAAUUUUAUCAAGUGAAGUGAGUGAAAUUAAGAAUGAUAAUGAUAUAAAAAUAAGCUAUGAAAUUUCUCCAAAGGCAACAAAAAGAUCAUAUUCUCCUAUGUAUACACUAAAGGUAAAUGAUGAUUAUGUAAUAUCAAAUGAUUAUGUCAAAAUAAUUGGUAGAAAUAUACCUACAAAUACAAAUAACGCAAAAAAAAAGAAAACUACAGUAAAAAAAAGAAAUUCAACUUCAUAUAAUGAGGACUAUAAUGAGUCCCACUAUGAAGCUCAAAAAAUUAUAUCUGUGGACAAAAAAUACGUAGAAUUUGAAAAAAAUAAAAGUGAAGUUUUAAAGGAUAUAUACGAAGGAUAUUCAUGCAUAAGAAUUAGGCAUAAUAAUAGAGAUGUUUCAAAAUUAAAAAGUGAUUUAUCGAAAACUUUAAGUGUUCUAUUAGUCUUAAAUGCAAUAAGAAUAGAAAUCAAAUUAGCAAGAGUACAAUUAACUGAUAUAAAGUUUGGGGGAAGUUUAAAAACAUUUAUUCAUGUUAUUUUAUAUCCAGACUCUUUUAAAAUAGAUUCUCAUAAAUUCCAUGAGUAUAAUUCAUUAAUAAAAUAUAGUGUGAAUAAUUUGUUUAAAGAAUUAAAGAUCACUCCCUUAAGAUUAGCAAAGAUUGAUGACAUUAAUUCCUUGGAAAAUUCUAAUUUUAAGAUAAAUAAAGACGAUUUAUUAUUAUCAUCGAAUAAUAUACUAAAAUCCUCAAAUAUAAAUUAUAAAAAAGAUAAAAACCUAAAUACAAGUGGUGCCAACUCAAGUGGUUUUUGUACACCUCACAAAGCCUUAGGUUUUAAUCCAAGAAAAACAGAUUCUGAUUUAACAAAUAUUAUUAGCACAAAGGAGGAAGAAGAUAUUAUAGAUACCUUGAGUGAAAAUGAAAGGGAAGAAGACGAACAAGCUACGAAUUUAGUUUUUGUAGAAGAAAAAUACAGAGGGGGAUAUUUACUUGAAGAUUUUGAAGAAAUUUAUCCAAAUGAUUUUUAUUUUAAACCAAAAUUAAAAACAUAUCAAGCAGAAGGUAUUUGGUGGAUGUACACAAGAGAAAAUCCUCCUGAAUAUUCAAAGAAGAAAGAUAAACAAAUUAACAUAAAAGAAAUCAUAAUAGAUGAAAACAGUAAGAGACCUAAUUUAUCUGAUAAUAUUAUAAAAAAUGAAGGGUAUGUAAAAAUGGAAAUUGGUGAUAAAAUCCUUAAGAAUACUCUAAAAAGUUCUAGGAAUGAAAGCAUAUAUAACUUAUCUGAUUAUAAAAAUGAAGAUGUAUAUAAUUUAAAUGACCACAAAAAUGAAAAUUAUGAUAAUAUAAAUAAUUGUAAAAAAGAAAAAUUAGAAAAAAUAAAUGAUUUUGUGAACAUUGAAUAUGCAGAUGAUGAUAUAAGGAAUAAAGAACCAUUAAAUCCACUAUGGGAGGAGCACGCAUUUAUUCCAAACAUAAAAAUUUAUGAAAAGGAAGAAAUUGUAUGUGUAUUAAAAUAUUUUUAUAUAAACAAAUCAACAGGAGCAUUUUCAUUAACAUACCCCCAAUAUGUUCCUCCUUUUAGAGGUGGUAUUUUAGCGGAUGAGAUGGGCUUAGGUAAAACUAUUCAAAGUAUUGGAUUAAUAACUCAUGAUAUUUACUGUAAUAAUUUGCAUCUAAAAGAAAGUAAUAUGAAAAAUAAAAAUAAUUUUAUAUACAUAAUUGAAAAUACUAUAAGAGGGUUCAAUUUUAAAAAUGGAGGAACAUUAGUUGUUGCUCCUUUGGCUUUGUUAUAUCAAUGGAAACAAGAAAUAGAAAGACAUACUAAAGAGGGAUUUAUAAGCUCCUACAUAUAUUAUGGUAACUCUAAAGAUAUAUCUAGUGAAGAAUUGUCAAAAUAUUCCGUCGUUUUGACAACAUAUUCCACUUUAGUAUCUGAAUAUAAGAACACUUUAAGUAAAAGAUAUGAUUUUAAAGAAUGCGAUACUACAAAAAGCAAAAGCAACGAUAAGAAAAAACUUAAAGAUAGUUUAAAUAAAGUUGGCACAAAAAAAUUAAAUAAUUUUUUCAUGAAAACUGUAUUAGGUUCUUGUAAUUCCUCAAGUGAUAAUAUAGCAAAAUCUAAUGAGGAAAAGACAAAUAAGUUAAGAAAUAACAUUAAGGAAUGUUCUUUAUAUAAAAUUACAUGGAGAAGAAUAUUUAUCGACGAAGCUCAUGUGAUAAAAAAUAAAAAUUCAAUUCAAUCAAUUGCAGUAUGGAAAUUACGAGGAGAAAGAAAAUGGUGUCUAACAGGAACACCUAUACAAAAUUCAAUAUUUGAUAUAUUUCCAUUAUUCAGAUUUUUAGGAAUUAAACCAUAUGGAACAAUUGAAUGGUGGAACAAAGAAAUUUUAGAUUAUGUAAAUAAGAAUAGAUUGCAUUUGGCUUUAGAUGUUGUAAGAAAAAUUUCAUCUCCCAUUUUGUUAAGGAGAACAAAAAAAUCUAAAGCAAAGGAUGGAAAUUAUAUAAUUACUUUACCAAAAAAAAAUAUUCAUUUAGAAAAGUUAGAAUUUUCAUUAGAAGAGGAAGAUUUUUAUAGGGCUAUUUUUUAUAGAAGUAAAACUAAAUUUGAUACAUAUAUGCAUGAUGGAAAUGUACUAAGUCAUUAUUCUCAUGUUUUGCAACUUUUGCUCAGACUAAGACAAUGCUGCUCUCAUCCUUUAUUAUUAUUCUCAAAACCUUUUUUUGAAGAAUGGAAUAGAGAAGAUAUGAACAAUGCAUUAAAACAUAAAAAUGAUAGUCCAUUAAUGGAAAAAAAAAAUGGGAAUAGUUUUUUUAAUGGCAAUUAUAACGAUGACAAAGAUAGUGAAAACGGCUUAGAUGGUAACAAGGAAGAAAAUAAUAUAAUAUAUAAUUUUAUUUUAGGUGCAACUAAAUCAAAAAAAUUAGAUGACGAUUAUGCAAAUGAACUUGAAAUAUUAAAAAACGGAAAUGCAGUACAAUGUGCUAUUUGCUUAGAAGAUGCUAUUUUUCCAUUAAUUAGUAAAUGUUUACAUAUAAUGUGUAAAAAAUGUGCAGAUGAUUAUUUUCACUUAACUCAAAUCGCAGAUAAAAAAUGUCCACAAUGUGAUAAUUAUAUAAAUUUAAAAUCAUUGAAAACAUUACAAGAAAAUAAAUCUCCUUUGGAUGAAUUAUUAAAAAAAAUGAAAAAAGAAAAUUUCGUUUAUUCUACAAAAUUAAAAAAAUUAUUUGAACACAUUCAAAAUGAUAUGAAAAAUGAAUUACAUAUAGUAGUUUUUUCGCAGUGGAUAGGAUUUCUAAAAAUUAUACAAAAAUUAUUAAUGCUUCAUAAUAUUCCAAAUAAAAUAUAUGAUGGUUCUUUAACAUACGAGGAAAGAAAAUCUGUAUUGCAUUGGUUCAAUAUACAGAAGGGAAACAUAUAUCAUCCAGGAAUUGGUUUUGUUAAACCCUCUCAUACUAUACCUAUGGAAGAUAUUGCUGGAAAGGUACUAUUAUGUUCUUUAAAAGCUGGUGGGGUAGGUUUAAACUUAACUGUCUCAUCAAAAGUGUACUUAAUGGAUAUGUGGUGGAACCCAGCUGUAGAAGACCAAGCAUUCGAAAGAGUACACAGAAUUGGCCAAUUAAAAGAUGUGGAUAUUUAUAAAUUUGUUCUAAAAAAAACAGUUGAAGAGAGAAUUUUGCAAAUUCACCAAAGCAAACAAUAUACAGCUAAUCAAAUUUUAGCACAAGAAGGAAAUAAAAUAAAUACAGAAAUGAAUUUAGCUCCUCAGAAAUUAGGAAUGGAUGAUUUUAUAUUGAUGUUCAAAGAUUGGAACUCAGAAGAGUAA